GUAGCAGCUUGUCACACCGUCCAUGCUUGUCAUUGAGCACGGUGGUUUUAAUCCGUAUAUGAUCUUGUGUAUAUAAUCUGUCGGUGAAGCGUUGAAAUGGCUGAUUUUCACUCCAGCUUUGACUUGCCGUCGGCUGGUUCCUCAGAGAAGGCAGAGGCCGCGGAGCUCCAGCGUAUGCUCGCGGUGGAGCAGCAGAAGGCUCAGUUUCAGGCGCAGGUUCACAAUUUUACGGAUGUGUGCUGGGACAAGUGUGUGGACAAACCGAGCUCCAAACUGGAUUCCCGGACUGAGACCUGUCUGGUGAGCUGUGUGGAGCGCUUCAUCGACACUACACUGACCAUCACCAACCGCUUCACGCAGAUGGUCCAGAAGGGCACGCACUGACCGCAGGACAGCGGCCUCGAGGACAGCUCUGUUCUCAGUGUACGUCCGGCAAUGUGUCCGAUAAAUCUAUCAUUCACUUGGAAAAACAUCUCACAAGCCAAUAGACUCUGAAAGAGUUGGUAUGCGCACAGUUGGCCUAUUUAUUCAGACAACAACAAAACUGUUAUUUUUGCUUGAACAUAUGUCGUCCACAUCAGUGAAACUAAUUGUUUUGUUUGACUUUAUAUAAAUCAUAUUUCAAUUAAAUAAAUACAAUCUUCAGAACUGCAGAAGAACAAAAA